AUAUGUCAUAAUUUAUACGAGAUUUGUUGAAUACUUUUUAGCAAAUUUUCGUGCUACGCCUUCUGAUAUGAUUUAUUCGGAAUGUCUGUCAUACUCUUUUACUAUUUAAAUUUUUAUAUACAUUUUACUACUUCCAAAUGAGUGUUAAACCUGGAAAAGAGGAAACGAUGACAAUGGAAGCAGUAGACGGGGUGACAUCAGAUACUAACGAGAGUACUGUGCCUCUGAAAAAUAAUCCCGGACGAACGUUCAGAGAUGGAGUUCGUAAAAUAGAUCUGAUCCUAGUUGUGAAAGAUGAAGAAAACCUUAUAGCUGAUCCCAUGAAAAAUAAUUUUCUUACCAACAUUGUUAAAACGGGAUUACAAAUUGAAUUUGAAAAAGGUGUGUUGCCGCAUAACAAGAAGUUAAUAUUUUUUAAAGUGCAUUGCCCAAACGAUCUUCUUAACAAUUUGAGACAUGCUUUUGGUAUAAAUUACGUUCAAAUUGCUCGAGCGGAACACAUAAUGUCAGACAGAGAACGCGAUUGGAUAAAUUUAAUAAGAAAGGAGUACACACAACCAUUGCAAUACUCGAGCUUGGAGAGAAGCCUCAUAGUUUAUAUGACAUUGCUAAACGUUCCAUUUGGAGACAGACAAAACUAUAUAGGAAUGGAAAGGUUAAUAAAACGCAAAGUAGUGAUAGAUGCAUAUGCGUUGCAUGACGGACCUUACUUCAUUACACAAGAUGCUUCAAGUAUUAAUGCUCGUCAGAUCCUAUUUUAUAAUUGGGUCGGUAUCACAAAUAUAUUUACGAGACAGCCAUUAAACUUGGUGCAAGAAUACUUUGGACCAAAGGUUGCUCUGUACUUCGCUUAUUAUGGACUUUACAAUAUAUUUCUAGCAAUUGCGUCCAUAGUUGCUCUUAUAACACUCUUCUUAGCUAUAUUUCUAAACGCAAACUACAUGGAUUUGAGAGCACCGAUAUGUAACCAUUCAUCAUCAAACGAAAAAAUAUGCUUUAGUUGCUUUAAUAAGACGCCAAAUUAUGUACUAUGUUACGUGAUAAAGGUUUUUAGAUUUUGUAAUUGGUAUACAAUUAAUGUCUUAGUGGAUAAUAAGUAUACACCAUUUUUCGCGACAUUUAUCAUUCUCUGGGGUAUCUUUUUCACAGCCUACUGGUUUGGAAGAGAAAAAUAUUUAAACUGGGUAUGGGAAACACGUAAUAAAUACUUCAAUAAAAAACAAACAAGACCAGAAUUCAAGGGUAAUCAUGGCACAGCACGAAAAUCAAAUAAAACGGGCAUUGUCAUUGACAAACAUUACGUUUCUAAAAUUAAAAUAUUAAUUUGUUAUAUUGGUAUCAUUUUACUGGCUGUAUUUAUUUUUGCUAUAUUUUUAAGACUAAGAAAGAUGCAAGAUAGAGCCUUUAUCAAAACUAUACCUAUGAACAUUCGUAACCCAGAGAAAAUUAUUCCCAGAUUGAUUUAUACCAUGAUUGGUUUCGCUGUAGUUCUCUUCAUCAUUGAUCUUAUUCAUAAAAAGGCUGCGAGUUAUAUUGUUCGAUUGGAAAAUCAUAGAACCUAUAUAUCAUACAACCGGUCGCUUGCAAAACAUCUUUAUAUAAUGUGUUUGCUUCUGCCUAUGUUAGUACUUGGCUACUAUGGAUUUCAUUCGGCAAUUUUUGAACUAUGGCACGGUUAUGAAAAAAAUGACCAAUAUCUAUUAGUUGAUACGUGUGUGAUGACAUCGUGUCUCUUCGAGCUUUCAUUUGCAUUUACAAUUGUUCUACUUCUAAGAUUUGUCAUAUUGAGAAAAUUAUCACUUUACUCGAGUACGACUGAUUAUAAUCAACGUGCAAUAGUGCAACACGUUCCGUGCUGGGAGAGAGAAUUCGUUUUAAAUCGUUUUAAUGAAAAUAUCCUAGCAAACAAAAUGACAAUUCUUGGCGUGAUGCAGAAUUAUUCACACUUCACUAUCGAAGACCUCUGCUUCUGAAAAACAAAUCCUUUAGUAUAUGGAGUGAAAUUUUAAAACUUAUGGUUUAUUUAGCCAUCGUUGUAAACGUGGUGUCAUUCGUAUGCUCCACAGAUACUAUAGAAACAUUUAUACGUGAGCAAAGAAAGUCGACCGAUAAAGUGUUAUUCGCGUGCAUACAUACAUGUAGCUAUGGAUGUAGCCAUUGGAAAGGAUGAAUUGACUGUCGACGAAUUGAGAACUUAUCAAUAUAUUUACAUAUUUGUUUUUGAGAUAAUCAUGGCUGCAAUAUACGUUAUAAUGCAAUAUAUAUUUUCAAUUGACGUUGACGAAAAGAAGAUACCCAAUAGACGAGAGCUAGAAAAUAACAAUGAAUGAAAUAUGAAGAUCAAAUUCUGCCACAUGAUUCUAGAACGAAUACAUCCAGAAG